AUGUCCUUUAUUCCAGACGAUACCCUAUUUUGUAUUCUCAUUAAGUUGCCAGUUAAAUCUUUGUUACGUUUUCAAUCCGUUUCUAAGCCAUGGAAUACUAUAAUAUCCGACCAUAAAUUCAAGAAAGCUCAUGGUGAUCAAUCCAAUACUUUGGGACGCCUAAAGUUCUUGUUACAAAAACAAGUAGGAACUUAUAUUAAGGACUUUUACGGCGUAAAAGAAAUCGAGUCUGUAGAGUUGAGAAAUCCCCGAGUUGUCAUAGAAAAGAUACUGCUCCCUGUGACGAGUUCUCGAAUCUUAUGCUCAUAUGAUGGAUUGGUACUAUUACACACAUAUAAGGCCUGUGAUACGUUUGGUCUGUGGAAUCCAUCAACUAGACAAUACAAAACUCUUGUGUGUCCAUAUCUUGACAGCUCCUCCAAACUUCCUAAUGCUUGUGGGUUGUGUUACGAUUCUACCACCGAUGAUUACAAAAUUAUAUUGAUCUUUAGGUCGUUUUAUGUUGUCUACUCUGCAAAUAAGAAUUUAUGGAAGAUGAGAAAAACUCUCCCUAUAUUAGAGCAAAGUUUAGAAAAUCAUUCGUCAGAUUUGUUUAGUGAUGUUACUACCGAGGGAAUUAGCAGUACUACUGAAGGUUGUGUAUAUUGGUCUCUAGAUGAAGGUCGUAAGAAGUUUCUCCAACAGGUACGUAAAACUUCUAUAAUCAUACGCUUUGAUGUGAAGUCAGACGAAUUAGAGGAGCUUUCAGCUCUGGAUUGUGUAGGUGAAGAAGAGUUGUUUUGUAUGUCUCCUCUGAAAGGUUGCCUUAGUUUAUAUGGUGGCGAAACCAGUGGUCAUGAAUCGGACGUAUGGAUCAUGGAACAAGAUGAAUGGAAAUGCUUAGUGAAAGUACGUGGCUUUGUACAAUCUCUAAAAGAAACUAAGCUUCUAUGUUGCACAGAAGAUGGUGAACUCAUCUUUCUUGGACUCAUGCAGCACCAUAUUUCCAUUUAUAAUCCUAGAUAA